AUGUGGUUUACAACUGAAUCCAGAGAGCGCCCACCAUGGCUUCUCAAGUACCGUUCCUCCACAGCCUUCAUCAUCGCGACAGUUUGGACCUCUUCGUUCACGGACUACUUCCUCUAUGCUAUGAUCGUUCCCGUCAUGCCAACAGCCUUAGUCGACCGCGCGAAGAUACCCUAUGAAGACCGCGAACGCUGGGUCAGCAUUCUCCUCAUCUGCGAAGCCACCGUCGCAUUCGUCUGCUGCCCGAUAUUCGGAUACCUGAUCGAUGUGGCACCCACGCGCAAACUUCCCUACCUUCUCGGCCUUAUCCUGCUCGGCGCAUCGAUGCUCAUUCUCUGUCUCGCACGCACCAUCGGCUUCUUCGUCAUCGCACGGCUCCUACAAGGCGGUGCAACCGCCAUGGUCGUUGUCGCCGGACUCGCCCUUCUCACCGACUCUGUCCCAUUCGAAAACCUCGGCCAGACCGUCGGAUACCUAGGGUCAGCGGUUACGCUAGGGUUCCUUCUAGGACCGCUACUGGGGGGUCUCGUGUAUCGGGUUGCGGGGUAUCAGCCCGUAUUCGCAAUGGCGUUUGCCAUUGUAGGAAUAGACCUGGUAAUGCGAUUUGCAGUGAUCGAAAAGAGAGUCGCGAAGCGGUGGAUGGCGCUGUCGCAAGAUGAUGCCGACAGCAACAACGAAACCAACCACGACAAUCCAUCCGAUGAUAACCCACCUCAACCCGACACCACAGACAACGAUGCAACCAUCAUACCCAAGCACUCUCGUAAACCCACCCUCCUACUUCUCCUCCAACAGCCCCGCAUCCUCAUAUCAUCCUGGGGCCUCCUCGUCCACGGCAUGAUAUACGCAGCCUUUGACGCCGUACGUCCCUUCCCCGUGCACCUCCCAACUAUAACCAAAUCCCCUAACAAUCCACCAAAUAAACCAGACAAUCCCCAUCUUCGUAGAAUCCCACUUCAACUGGACCCCCCUAGGCGCCGGCCUAACCUUCCUCCCCUCCUCCAUGACCGCUCUCUUCGAGCCCUACUUCGGUAUCUCCCCUCCCAUCCUUACCCCCGACCAACCCACCCACUAACCCAUUCCAAUAACCACAGGAAAACUAACCGACACUCUUACCCCCCAUCCCAUAGCAACAGCCACCUUCCUCCUCCUCCCCAUCCCACUAACUCUCCUGGCGCUCUCCAGCCAACCAACAACAACCCAUAUCACCCUCCUAAUGAUAAACCUCACCCUCACUGGCCUCCUCGUCAACAUAGCAACGCCCGCCCUGUACCUCGAGACACAGCGCGUCCUAGACACCAUGGAGCGCCGACAGCCGGGGAUCUUCGGGCCAAGGGGCGCAGUCGCCCAGGCGUUCGGGAUUCAGACGAUGGCGCAGUUUCUGGGACUGAGUUUGGGGCCGUUGGCGGGGUUCGUAGAGGGGAGGUUUGGGUGGGGGAGUGUGGUUGUGGGGUUGGGGAUGGUUUGUCUGGGGACGGGGGUGGUGGUGGGGGUUGGGUUGAAAGGUGA